AUGCUACGCACUUUCCUAGCACUUUCCUCGGCGAUACGUGUCGGCUUUGCGAACGGCGCGGUGCAAGGACGCGACCUGAAUCUCACGGCCCAACAAUCUGGUCUCACAUUUGACAUUCCCAACCUCCCCCGACCUCAACGCACCACUGUAUCGCUCACUUCCAUUCCUUCUGCAUGUGCGCAGUAUACCGGCAGUGGCAAGGAGUGCACCACUUCAAUGGUUGCGGUCAACAUCACAUUUGCUGACUGUGGCUCACCGUAUACGGUUUGUCGUUGCAGCAAUGCCAACAUUACACUGGGUGAUGCCACAGAUGCCCUCGCCCGUGUUCCUGUGGGUCUGCGAAGACAGGUUGGGACGGUUAUGGUCAUGCCGGGUAGUAGUGCGCAUGCGUAUACGUAUAUGAACGGUGGGGAGAUACAUUUCUUUGGAGUGUGCAGCCAACGAACUGCACUGACUCACGAUGAGCAGUCUACACAUGCUGCCUCGGGAGCGCUGGGGAUCAAUGAUGCUAGCGGGAAUGGGUCAUGGGAGGAAGCGGUAUCCAAGGAUACCUGUGUCCCUGAUAAUUACGCGAAGACUGAUCUCGCAGAGGAUCUCGCCCAGAUGAGUGUGGUCAAAGUGUACUCGCUUCUCAGUAAUAAUACGCUUCCUCCGGGAUUUAUGACGGAUUGCAUGUCAAAUCAGUGGGCCUUUUUGGAUGCGCUUCCUCUCUAUAAUCCAAACACGUUGUUCGGAGAUUCCUGCUCGUUUGAACCGGAUAACGAUAAAGCGCAACAUAACAUUGCUCCGUGAUGUGGCAUGUAUAAUUUUUUCCACCGCCGUCAUUUAUAUUUAUUCUCUGGUAAAGCAAGUCCAACGGACAGUUGAUGACAGCUGUUUCAUUUACUCUUUCAUUACUUAUGCGCCUUAAGGAUCUUCUGUUAUUUGAACGAUGUUUUCUCUUCCAGAAUGAAAUUCUCUAACUCGGAUACGCGUGG